GUGUUGCGCCAAGGGCAAAGAUGAAUCAACAAAGAUCGCGUAGAUUUAGAACCGCAAAAGACGCAGCAGAAGCCAUUAAAAAAGCACAGGCUCGAGGUGAAGAUUUACCAGAAGAAGAACCUUUCGACAGCAAUUGCAUAACACCAGGAACGGAGUUUAUGAAAAAACUCUCGAAACAACUAGAAUAUUUUAUUAUUAAGAAAGUGUCCGAAGAUGCUAAUUGGCGGGAUAUCCAGAUAGUAUUAUCGGGACACGAAGUACCGGGAGAAGGCGAACACAAAAUAAUGGAGUAUAUACGUACAGCUAAAGCACAACCCGAUUAUAAUCCCAAUGUUAGACAUUGUCUAUAUGGAUUGGAUGCCGACUUAAUCAUGCUUGGUCUAGUAAGUCAUGAUCCGCAUUUCGCAUUACUUCGUGAAGAAGUUACUUUUGGACCCAGUAAAAAGAAAAAGAGUGGCCGAAUUGAGGAACAAAAUUUUUACCUUAUGCAUCUUUCUAUACUUCGAGAGUAUCUUGAUCUCGAAUUUUCUGCACUUCGGGAUUCACUACCGUUUGAAUACAAUCUUGAAAGAAUAAUUGAUGAUUUUAUUCUGCUGGCUUUGUUUGUUGGCAAUGAUUUUUUGCCUCAUUUACCAAGCUUGCAUAUAGCUGAAGGCGCAUUAGGUUUGAUGUUUCAUGUAUAUAAAAAGAUAUUGCCGCUUGCAGGAGGAUAUAUAAAUGAUGGAGGUCUUAUGGAUAUGAAGCGACUUGAGAUGGUUUUUAAUGAAUUAACUUACUUUGAAAGAGAUGUGUUUGAAGAUGAUUCUGAAGACUUUAAAUGGCUUAAAGGAAAGCAAAGAGUUACUAUCGAAAAAAUGGAACGAGAAAGAAAGAAUAAAAUUUUGGUCAUGACACAAAAACAGCGUGAGAUUUACGAACAAUUUAAGGAAUUUGUUGAUUCUGAUCCUCAAGGACCUCUUGAUUUUCCUCCCGAUUUUAAUGCACGAGACCGCAAGUUCGUUCAGGAUCUCGCUGCUGAAUUAUAUUUGAAAUCUGCAAUAACAUACCAUGAACAUGAUGAAGGGAAACACAUAUAUGUAGACGUGGAUGAUGAAUCAGACGACGAGAUAAAUGAAAGGAGAACUGAAGUGCUAGCCAGGUAUGAAAAAGCUGAAGUUGUGGAUGAGGAUGACUUGGAAACAAUCGCGGAAAAAGAAAAGAAAAAAUACGACGAAAAAUUCAAUGAAUGGAAGAAAGAGUAUUAUAUGAAUAAGAUGCAGCUCGAUGUUGAGAAUAGCGAUCAUAUGGAUAAAAUUGUUGGCUCAUACAUUGAAGGAUUGCAAUGGGUACUUCACUAUUACUAUAACGGAGUUGCUUCAUGGGGAUGGUUUUAUCCUUAUCAUUAUUCCCCGAAAAUAUCUGAUCUACACGAUUUGGAUCGAUUUGAUAUCAAAUUUGAGCUUGGCACUCCCUUCAAGCCUUUUGAACAAUUGAUGGGCGUUUUACCUGAAGGAAGCAAAAAGCUACUACCUGAGCCAUUCCAGUUUUUCAUGAUGGACUAUAACUCGCCGAUAAAAGACUUUUAUCCGAAAGAUUUCGAACUUGAUCAAAAUGGAAAAAAACAAGGCUGGGAAGCUGUCGUUAAAAUUCCAUUUAUUGAUGAGAAGAGAUUAAUAGAGGCAUUAAAAUCCAGAGAGGAUAGACUUACAGAGGAAGAAAAAGAAAGGAAUGGUUUUGGUGAAAGUUUUUUAUUUACAUACGACUCUUCUAUCAAUACACUCCACGAAUCUCCAUUACCUGGAGUUUUUCCAUCUAUUCGUAGCCAUUGUAAAGUGGAGUCGUUCCAUCUUCCAACACUGGAAGGUCUUAAAUUGGUUAAGGGUCUUUGCGAUGGUGUACAAUUAGGAAUAAAGGCAAUGGCUGGUUUUCCUUCUCUGGAAACAAUAUCGCAUACUUCGGCAAUAAUGCAACAUGGAGUGAACGUUUUUAAUUCAGAGAGCAA